UUCACGAAAAGAAACAUUAUGAAAAUUACAAUAUUAUACGGCAGUGAGACAGGUACUGCACAAGAUGUGGCUGAACAAAUUUGGAAAAGUGCCAAAAGGAAAAGGUUAAAAAGUAGUGUUUCAGCAAUGAAUGAUUAUGAUAUUCAAGACCUAGAUUCUGAAGAAAUGAUAGUAUUUGUAGUUGCAACAACAGGCCAAGGAGAUCCGCCUAAUAAUAUGAGACAAUUUUGGAGAUUUCUGUUACGAAAAAAUCUACCAACAACAUUACUUAUUAAUUUAAAGUGUGGAAUAUUAGGUUUAGGUGAUAGUUCUUAUCAGAAAUUUAAUUUUGCAGCAAAAAAACUAAGUAAAAGAUUAAUGCAACUAGGUGCAAAGGAAUUGCUGUCUAUUGGACUAGCAGAUGAUCAACAUGAUUUAGGAAUAGACGCUAUUGUUGAUCCUUGGCUAGAAGAAAUGUGGAUGAAAGUUACACAUACAUUUGGUAUUUCCACAAUGGAUUUGAUUAGUAAUCAAAAUGAUAUAAUUGAAAGAUUUCAUAUUUCUGAAGUAGAUAAAAAUUCCAUGAAUAAUAAAUAUUACUUAAAUUAUGAUAUUUUCAUGAAAGAAGUAUUUAUAAAUAAUGAAGUGAAAGUGGGUACAGUCACUGAAAAUAUAAGAACUACUGCACAAGAUCAUUUUCAAGAUGUUAGAUUAAUUAAACUUAAAUCAGAUAACAUUAAUUAUCAACCUGGAGAUGUAGUAUACAUUAGACCCAAGAAUUCUCAGAAGCAAGUUGAGAAAUUUUUUAAAAUAUUAAAUGAUAAUAAUGUGCAGUUGAAUCCAAACAUGUUGAUACAAAUAACUAAAAAGGAAAUUAAAGUACCUACUGUUCUAUGUCAAACUCUAACUUUAUAUCAAAUUGUAGAACAGUAUUGGGAUUUAAAUUUUAAACCACGCAGAUCUACUAUACAAGUAUUAUCUUUUAUCAGUGAAAAUGAAUUAGAAAAGGAAAAGUUAUAUGAAUUUACAACAGCAAAUGGUCAAGAAGAACUAUACAAUUACAUUAAUAGGCCAAGAAGAAAUAUUUUAGAGUUACUAGCAGAUUUUCCUCAUACAACUAGUAAAUUAAAUUUAAAAUUAUUAUUUGAAAUUAUGACUCCCAUAAAACCUCGAGCUUUCAGCAUAGCUUCAAGCUUAAGAGCUACUGGAAAUGAAAUUCAUCUUCUAGUGGCUGUAGUAAAAUAUAAAACAAAGCUACUAGAACCAAGAUAUGGAUUGUGUUCCAAUUGGUUAGCAAGUUUAGUAAAAGAUGAUAAGAUAAUAUUUUGGAUUCAAAAAGGAAUAUUUAAAUUUGAAUAUGACAAGCCAAUGAUAUUCAUUGGUCCUGGAACAGGAGUCGCACCAUUCCGUUCAGUUCUUUUAGAUAAAUGUGCAUUGAAUGAUAAUUUAAGUGACUGUGUUCUCUUUUUUGGCUGUAGAUAUAAGGAAAAAGAUUAUCAUUGUAAAGAUGAUUUUGAACAUUUAUCACUGAAGAAGGGCUUAAAUUUAUUUUGUGCAUUUUCCAGGGAUCAAGAACACAAAGUAUAUGUACAACAUAUCAUAAAUAAUCAAAAGCAUCUGUGUUGGGAAUUUCUUAAUAAAAAUGGCAACAUUUAUCUAGCAGGUACUGAGCCUGUGCGUCUUUCUCCUGGUUGGGAAGGUACAGGUAGACCUGAUGAUGAAUUAAAUUUUAAAGGAGUUACAAUGGAUCAAGCAGACCUUGAAUUAAAUCCUCCAAAAGAUAGAUUAAGAAUAGUAUUCUGCAUAAUGAUACUUCAUGGAAUUGGUAUCUUGAUGCCAUGGAAUAUGUUCAUAACAGCAAAAAAUUAUUUUGUUAAUUACAAAUUAUCCAGGGAGUAUACAGGGAUUAAAACAGGCUAUGAUACAAAUUUUCUUCCAUACUUAGCAUUUGCAUCACAAAUACCAAAUCUACUAUUUAAUUGGUUAAAUGUAUUUAUACAAUUUGGUGGCAAUUUAACAACACGUAUAGUAUGGAGCAUCUUCGUACAGGUUUUAAUAUUUGUAUGUACUGUUAUUUUGGCAAUGGUUGAUACAUCUGUUUGGCCAGGUGUCUUUUUCUGGAUUACCAUGAUUUCUGUUGUUAUAUUAAACACUGCUAAUGGAAUUUACCAAAACUCUGUGUUUGGUAUGGUGGCAAAGUUACCCACAGAGUACACAGGGGCUGUUAUUUUAGGCACGAAUAUAAGUGGGACAUUUACAGCAUUAAUUAACUUUCUUGCUCAAUAUAUGGCACCAAAUACUCGGACUGCCGCGAUAUAUUACUUUAUAACAGCUUUGUUUAUUCUUCUUGCAUGUUUUGAUACUUAUUUUGCACUUCCAAUAAAUAGAUUUUACCGACACCGUGAAUUAUUACAUCAGAAAGGAAUAAAUAAAAGACAAUUAGAAAAUAAUACAAGAGAUAAACAUGACACACCGCCUUAUUGGAAGAUAUUAAAACAAUGUUUUCCUCAAUGUUUCAAUACAUUUUUUAUAUUUUUUAUAACUCUCUCUUUGUUCCCAUCUGUUCAAUCCGACAUAGUACAGUCGGAUCCUAACUUUAUAGUUCCAUCAGAUUAUUACACUACUGUCAUGUGUUUUCUCACGUUUAACAUUGCCGCUCUAACUGGUAGUUCAAUCGCAUCAUUCGUUCAGUGGCCUAGUAAAAAAUAUUUAGUGAUCCCAGUAUUUUUACGCAUUUUGUAUAUACCAUUGUUUUUAUUGUGUAAUUACAAGCCAAAAGGUAUAUCAAGAGUAUUACCAGUAUAUAUUAAUAAUGAUUGGGUUUAUUUUUUAAUCGCCGUUACGAUGGGAAUAAGUAGUGGCUACUUUUCUUCUUUAUCAAUGAUGUAUUGCCCGAGUAUGGUUGAGUCUCAAUAUAUGACAACAGCUGGUAUGUUUGGGGCAGCUUCAUUAAUUACAGGAAUUUUUACUGGAAUAUUGUUUAGUAUGGUCUUGCCCAGUGUAGUAGCAAAUAUGUCAUUUGGAAUAUCUUAAUGUAUACAGGAUUCAAUGAUAAGGUAUUAAUCUAUAUUUAAAGACAUUCAUUUAAUAGGAGAAUCAAAAGAAGAGCACAAGAAGAAAAAAAAAAAUAAGAUCAGAA